AGUUUUCGUUAACUUUUUCUUAGUUUUUUUUUUUUUUUUUGUCUCUCCUUCUUCGCUUUGAGAAGCUUCCUCCCUGUUUCCUUGUUGGUGUUAUUUUGGCCAUGAGCUGCUGCAUCAGUCCUCCACCUGACGAGGACACCCCCAGGACACCCAAGCAACAAAACCGCGCGAUCGAGCGAGCGCUUGCGGUGGAGCGCCGCGUCGCCAAGCGAACCGUCAAAGUGCUGUUGCUCGGCGCGGGCGAAUCAGGAAAGAGCACCGUCCAACGUGCCAUGAAGGCAGUCCACUCACCCGAGGGAUUGACUGCCGAGGAAUGCGAACGACGAAUGGAAGCCAUCUUUCUGCACGUCUGCGAUAGCGCUCGAACGAUCGCAACUGCCAUGACGGCGAUGCGGAUACCAUUCACCGAUCCUGAGAACUGCCAGCCGUGCGUCGCGCUCCUGGAAGCAGCUGCUGGACAGCACCCUGUUGAGUGGGACAACUCCCUGCUGAUGGCGUGCCGCACACUCUGGGCCGAUCAAGGCUUCCGACUGUGCUUUUCCCGAUCCCGCGAAUACCAGCUCAACGAUAACACAGACUAUUUUUUCAAUGCGCUCGAUCGAUUGACCAGUCUCAACUACGUCCCGACCCCACUCGAUGUCUUUCGCAGCCGAGCCAAGACCGUUGGCAUCUACGAGACGAGAAUUAACUUUCCGAACAAUAUCUUGUGCACGGUUACAGAUGUUGGUGGGCAGCAGUCUGAGCGCAGGAAAUGGGCGCAGUGCUUUGCCGGAGUGACAGCCAUCAUUUUCGUUGUAGCGACAAGCGAAUACGACCAACUUUUGCGCGAAGACGGACGAACUAAUCGACUGCGAGAGGCGUUCAGAGUCUUUCGAGAGGUGUGGGAGGACCGCUUUCUCGCGACGACCCCAAUUAUCUUGUUUCUCAACAAAACGGACUUGCUGGCAGCCAAGCUGCCCAUUUCGGACUUUCGAGUCCACUUCCCCGAGUACAACCAAGAGGUCGCCGAUUACGAGAGCGUGACCCAGUAUUUGAUUCGGCGCUUGCACAAACUGGGCGCCAGGCCAACGUCAAUCUGAAACGACAACUGUACCCGCACUUGACUUGUGCAGUCGAUCCCGACCUGAUGCGGCGUAUCUUUCUCACGGUGAAAGACAUCAUUGUCGGCUCAAUGCUUGACAACCAGGGUCUGGUAUGACAAGCCUCCAAGCCCCCACCAAGCCCAGCCAAAGUAUUGUUUCUGUUCGUUAACUGCUUCUUGUUGUUAUUUCUAUUUGGUUGUCCUGUCCGUUUCAUUGUUAAGUGCCCAUACCCUCCACUCCCCUCCCCUCAUAAUACAUUAGUUCAAUUUUCCAA